UGGCGGUGCAACGUGAGUGAAGGAUUCAUGGACAAAUCCUGGAAGGGUUCAAACCGUUGUGCACAUGCGCAAUACGACAAGCAAGUUGGGUCACAUCACGACAGUAGUGUGAAAACGCCAAGUGACCUCAGCAACUCCACUGUAGAGAUAAGGUUUGAGCAAAGCCAUCCUUAUCCAGAUAUGAAGACAUUAAGAAUUUGCAGGUAAACUUCAGACUUCUCUGCCCCUUUUCUGCCACCAGCGAGAUAAUUUUUAAGAAGCACCGACAGUAACUUAACAGCUGUAGCUCCUCUACCAGACCUGCUCUUCUCCACAUCGGUUUACAAGUUUUUAGUAUGUAUCAGAUUGUCCCAGGAGCUCCUGGAGAGCAGCAGGUGACUGAUGGAGCCCGUGGCUCCCCACGUAAAAAGAAACUUGGACAUGAGGGUAGGCCAAUGGUGAUGUCAGGUCUGCUUGGGUGUGUGUUGGUUCUGGCCGCUGUGAUCGCCUGGUGCUACUAUUCAGUGUCUCUUCGUAAAGCUCAGCUGCUGAAGACGGAGUCGCUGGACUUGAAAAACGAUGGCUACAUUAUACGGAACCAUGCAGGGGCUAUCAUCUUCUCCAUGACUUUCAGGUCUGGCACUCUGGAUUUGGACUCCUGCACAAAGGAUGGAAAUAUUCUAAGCUGUACUCGGUCAGACUCUGGCAAGCUCAACUUUUUCAUCGAGACAGUCCAAGAAAAGGACACUGUUAUGUGUUAUCGCAUCCGCUGGGAGGAGCUGCAGAGUGUGCUCUCCGUGGAACAUGUCAUGGCCUACAAUGACUCUCACUGGUAUGGAGGGGCAGAGACAGCAACUCAGUACUGGCCAAUGAGAAUCCAAGGGGAAGAGGAACCACGGCCUUUCAUCACCAGUGAUGUUUACUCCAAUCGAAAUGCGUUUGGGGGAAUCCUCGAGCGUUACUGGCUGUCUUCCAAUGCAACCUCUAUAAAGAUUAAUGACUCGGUCCCGUUUCAUUUGGGCUGGUCACAGAAGAACAGGACUCUCAGAUUUGAGGCCCGAUACCAGGGCUCUCCUUUUAGACCACCGACAGGACAGCAGGACUUCCCUGAGCUCAGCUACAGAGUCUGUGUGGGGUUGGAUGUUACCUCCAUUCAUAAAUAUAUGGUACGUCGAUACUUCCAAAAGCCCAUCAAAGUCCCAUCCCCUGAAGUGUUCAAAAAGCCGGUGUGGUCCACAUGGGCUCUCCAUAAGACCGCUGUAACUCAGGAGAAGUUGCUGAGCUUCGCAUCAGACAUCACUAAGCAUGGCUUUACGUGCUCCCAUCUGGAGCUGGAUGACCGCUACACCACUGACUAUGGAGAGUUUGACUUUGAUCCCCAGAAGUUCCCAAAUGCUAGUGGCAUGUUUGAAAAACUCAGAAAGGAUGGGUUUCAAGUGACGCUGUGGACACAUCCUUUUAUCAACUAUGACUCCAUUAAUUUUGGGGUCGCUAUGAAGAAAGGGCUGUUUGUCCGGGAGCCGAGCGGAGAGCUACCCGCCCUGGUCCGCUGGUGGAACGGGAUUGGAGGUAUCUUGGACUUUACAAACCCAGAAGCCCGUAAGUGGUUCUUGUCACACUUACGUAUGCUUAAAAGCCGUUAUAAUGUGACGUCGUUCAAGUUUGAUGCAGGAGAAACAAGUUACCUUCCUCGCCAGUUUAGCACCUUGGUCCCCCUCUCCGACCCAUCCAUCUUCACCCGGCGCUACACGGAGAUGGCCAUACCUUUUAAUUCACAUGCCGAGCUCCGUGUGGGAUACCAGAGUCAAAACGUCUCCUGUUUCUUCAGGAUCAUUGACAGAGAUUCAGUUUGGGGUUACGAGCUCGGCCUUAAGUCCAUCAUCCCCACUGUUCUGACUGUUAGCAUUCUGGGCUAUCAGUUUGUCUUGCCAGAUAUGAUAGGAGGGAAUGCAUACACUAACCGCACUGCAGGUAUAAUAAAUGAAACUAGUGGUCUGCCAGACAGAGAGCUGUACAUCAGGUGGUUGGAACUGUCUGCUUUUAUGCCUGCCAUGCAGUUCUCCAUCCCUCCGUGGGCCUAUGACAGUGAGGUGGUUCGGAUUGCAAAGAAGUUCUCAGAGCUCCAUGAAAGUCAGGUGGCUCCAAGGGUUCUUGAGCUGGCAGAGGAGGUAGUUAAUACUGGAGACCCCAUCAUAAGGCCCCUGUGGUGGAUUGCCAAAGACGAUGAGGCAGCCUUUAAGAUUGAUUCCCAAUUCCUGAUUGGGGAUGAUCUUUUGGUGGCUCCGGUAUUGGAGCCAGGAAAGCAAGAGAGGGACAUCUACCUGCCAACAGGCCGUUGGAAAAGCAAAAGGGGAGAGUAUAAAGGUCCCAUGUACCUUACUGACUACCCUGUGGACCUGGAUGAGAUAGCUUACUUUUUAUGGGUUUAGACAUAAAAAUAAAAAAAUGUAAAUAAGGUUGCACUGACAGACACACUGUAUGUAUGUUUAUCUUCAGCAAGUAAGCCAAUACAUGACAGAGAAACUUUGCUUUCGAAUGGAGAGGUUCUAUAUUUGGUGGACGUUGAGUCUAUGCCUCCUAUGUGCUGUUCUUUUAAUUUUUUACCUAAAUGAAUAAGUUCACUUUUAGUAGAGACACAUAUUUCCAGUUUUCUUUGAGGUCAGACCUGCUGAUUGAGAUUUUUUUCCCCUGAAGAAUUACACAUAAAAGGAAAAAAAACAUGUCACAUUAGUAAAAUUAAAUCAGGUACUGAACUCCUGUGAAUUGCUCCAAGGUACCUUCAACAACAUUUACCACUGUAGUAACAAUGCCCACUUAAAAUCUGUGCCCAUUCACACACCAUCUGUCAGGCGCCACACAAGAAAACUGUUCUGUACACAAUGGGUGUCAAAAAGAAGCUGAAAACUGUAAAACUACGGCUGAAAGAACAUAAUGAUGUCAUUUAUUUCAUGCAACUCUGGGAGGGAGAAUAAACUUAUCUGGUCUGGUGGAGUAUCUAUGGACAUUUAUUCUCACUCAUUAUGCAGAUGCUCUCUGGAUAAUACGUUCACCUUGGUAAGCAGGAUGCUUGAAACUGAUGGCAUGACCUUUCUGAUUAAAUUGGCCAUGAGAUUAUUCAUGUAGCAUUAAAUUUAAUUCCUAAAUUGUCAACUGAUCCUUAAAUGAAAAAACAAAAUAAUUUGAUAAAAUGACAUGGUGAUAUAAGAGCAAAAAGUGGCAUACUCUGUCAGUAGACCAGUGUGAAUUUCACAUUGUUAAUCCCAGUACACCCAUCCUAUUCACACCUGGAUCUUUACUUUGAUGCAUUUAUUGAGUACUGGAAAAAAAAAAAUCAGAUUUUUCAGGAUCAGAGCCGAUCAAGCCAGUCACUUGGCUGAUUCCUAUCUCUGACAGAUUAACUAGUGCAUCUCUGUUUCUUUACAUUUUAUGUCGAUCCUCAUCCUCAGGUGCCUUCCACAAACUGUUAUGAAAAGAAUCCUUGAUUGUGCCAUAAUUAUAGUCUUCCUUUGUAAUGCAAAAAAUCUAAUUCUUAAUGCCUCAGACCGCCUGCUUUUGAUGACAUGUAUUUAGGGUCAUGGCUGUGCAAAUGUGUUUCUUUUACUCUGUGAAUUAGAGUGUAAACUUAGUUACAGGGUAGCUUAGAUAACUGUGCCAUAAGAUAAAGAACCCAACUGAUUUAGACAAUUCCUGACAUUCUAGGUACUUAUAAAUAAGCUGCAAAUUCCUGACCGGUUGUGCCAUUCUUCCAUUGCACUUUCAAAAAUGUUCCAGCUGAAUGUUUUGCUCAGGGUACCAUUAAUGUUGGGAUUUUUUUCUCUUUACAGUAGCAGAUUUAUUAUAAAGCACCAUUCUCUAUGAUGCCAUACUUUAGUCUGUGCUCCAAAUUUCCAUUGUGACUUUUUUGUGAAGUAGCACAGGCUUGAAACAAUUCUGUACACAGAGAAAUGCUUAAAGCCACGCCUUUGCAAAUGCAUGAACUUAUAUGCUCUUGCAGUGAUUGCUAGCAUGAGACAAAAGCACAAAGAUUGGUUAACUUAUCAGGAUGUAGCACUCUAUAUAUAUACUCAUAUGCCAUGGAAUUAGUCACUAGUCUUUGUUUAGCUUUCUUGCAGAGCUUAAACCAGCUAACAGGAAGUGGAAAAAUGGUCAGCUGAGAGCAGAAUGUAAAAUGUUCUACUUACAGAGAUUUGCAUCACUAGAAGGUGUUUUUAAAGGGAACUCUGUCAAUAACUUGAGAUAAUACAUUGAGUUAUUUCAGACAUGUUUAUUAAGAUUAACCCAGGGAUGUGUGGCACUACAGAUUUUUUUCAAAGCCUAAUGGAGAAGAUUGUAUUUUGUUUUAAAUGGUCAUAUUUUGUGACUGCCACACACAAACCCUUAUUGCAAUGCAUGUAUGUCUGAAUUGUAUAAGAUAACUGCAUUCUUCACCACAAUCCUGUAUAGACUGUUAAUAUUUGAAUGAAUAUGAAUGCUUUGUAACAUUGUGCCAUAUUAUAAUUAUAAUAUUUUUGACAAGGUUAUUUGCACAAAUAAAGUAAUUUAACAUUCUCGCACUUGUUUGGCUAAUAAGUUCAGGGCAUUUGCAUAUCGUCUGAUCCUUAACUUUCUUUAUUUGAAUGUACUGCAUUUGAUUGAAUGAACUGCAUGAUAUGGAAAACCUCAUGCGACUUGUGAUCCAGCACAAUUUGACAAUUAUGUUCCACUUUUAGUAUGAAGAAUGUUACCUUUAUCAGACUUAAACUGAAUUUAAGUUUGUGUAAUUUAUCAUGUUAAAAAACAUUUAUAACUUGGUUUCCCACUGUUAUUAUUCUGCUGCUGUGUUGAAAUACAUAAAGAUAAAUUUUAAUCAUA